AUGAGUUCAUCUCAGCUUACGAAUGCUCCGCCUUUCACAACGAAUUUUAUAUCUGACCCACCCAUCACAGGCAAGGGUCCUUCAUUCAGACGCUUGCUGUUCACGAACGAGGCACCGCAACUUUUCAUGCUAAUUAAUAGCAAUACCAUCUCUUCAUUCUCCUCGGACCUUCUUGUGCCACUUUCAAGUUCCGAGUGCAUGCACCUGACGAGCUUCGAUCCAAUACCGUCUACCCCUCCGCCCACUGUCUCACUCGGUGUUGAAGCAUCCUACUACCUGCAGGCUCUGCAGGAUAAUUUUGAAAACGUUCGGCAUGAUGCAGUUGCACAAUGCCUCGUCGGAUUUGUGGACACCGAUAAGGGUCAAGAAUGGGAGCAUGAUCCUACUCCGCGCGGGCUAGUCGCUAGGACAAAGGAACCCCCUAGCACCCCGGAGGCAGCACCGGACGCGCGAACAAUUGCUUUCGACGUAGUUCGGAAGUUUCCACUUAACGACUGCGACGAGUUUUCCGAAGAUAUUUUCAUCCAUAGCAAAACAAUGGAUAAAACCACAAACAACGAGGAUUACAUGCAGGCUCCGGAAGGUCACCAUCCAUCUCCCAGCUCUGGUGAUGCGGUCCUGUCCUGCUGGAGAACUGGUCGUCAGUUUUCCUAUCAUGGGUGUGACCUGAGAGCGUUCAGCCCCAUCCCUUGCCAAAGGGGUUCCUUGACAAUCCCUAAUCACAAGCAUGAUCCGAUUGCGCACCAGCAUGUUUCGCAAUGUUAUGCUCCACGGAUCAACAGCAAAGUCUUGAUGCCAGACCCAUUGAAUAUACCCCAGGUUCAGAUGAAAGAAGUCGAGGACCUAGAGAAGGUAAAAGAUAGGUUAGCGACGGGGGUACCGGCAGGAUCGCUACUGUUUUCCAUAUAGGUGUUUAAUUUACAAAUGAUAUAUCGAGGGUCUGUAUGAGGACAGAGAACGUUCAAGUGGUCCCGGUGGAGGCUCGAGGAAAGUAACAUCGUAGAGGAGAUGAGAUGAGAUAACAACUUGAAGGCGUGGGAGUGCCGCCUGCAAAGUUUCAACAUUGCUCAUCAUGG